GCCGGAGCGCGUGCGGCUCUGUAUCAGGAGCUCGCGACCGGUGGUUGGGGGAAACAGGGAAGCUCGAACAAACUCUGCAGCCGAAACCCAAACCCAACGAUAGCCACUGUGUCGAAAUAACAGCAAGUUCGACACAGUUUAACGACUAAAAUGCGGUCACAAACAAAACCGACGCGUUUUACUCACUCUGGAAGUUGAUUCGGGCGAUAAAGUUGACGUUGUUUGGGUGAACUUGUCCCGGUGUUGUUGUGGUGGAUGUAAACCGACGACGAAACAAGAGGAGGAGAAAUGUUGGUGCUGUCGCUGUCUCUGUUUUGACCCAGCUCCGUUUUCCUCCCACACAGACUGACAGAAACACAGAAAGGAGAACGAAAAAGUCUGAUAAAGAGGAGAAAUGGCCGAAGCAAGGUCCGAGGAAGAGGAGGAAAGCAUGAGGGAAACCCGGGAACAAGUGGUUCGACGACAGCCCAACAGCUCUGGAGGCCGUUCUGACAGACGUAAGCCGGAGCAUCGUCACAGUCAGGGGCCUCUGUCGUCCAUCAGAGCAGCCAUCAAGAGAACCUCCAACAGGUCGACGUCUUUGUCCGAGUCAUCCAGAGACAGAGAGCGAGACAGGGAAAGAGACAGGAGGCGACCAGAGAUCACCAUCCUGUCAGCGGAGCCACUGGCCUCCACAUCCUGGUUCCCUGGAGCUUCAGGAGGAUUCCCGCCUCCCCCUCCUCCUGCCGCACAGAUCUGGGGUCCCACAAUCCCUCCGUCCAUACAGCCUCCUCCUUCCUAUGAGGAGGUGAUCAGGGAGAAGACACAGGAGCAGGUUCUCCUUCCGCCUUCCUCAUCCUGCUUCCCCUCGUCUUCAUCACGUCCAGUUUCUUCAAUAACCAUCGCCACACAGACUGAUCAGGGAUCUGCCCCCGAUCCCCAAGACUCAAACGUAAAGAGACCUGUCAGACCUCCACGGCCACGUCUCCCCUACCCUCCAAAACCAUCCAGCGCUGAUGAUAUCACCACCAGUGCCAGCCAAUCAACAUUCACCUUCAUUAACGGUGACGGGACGCACGCUGCUGCUAACACGCACUGCUGCGACCUUCUCACUGAGCUCUGUUCGCCGUUAACGUCGACCUCUGGAGCUCAAACCGACCAAUGGGAUCAGUCUUUUCUUGCUGUUGAUGUGACACCAGUUCCUUCUUCUUCACAAGUCCCAUUGGAGCGUCCAAGGCCCCGCCCACGCUCCAGGCUCAGCGCUCCACCAGUCAGCAACGAGGUCAAAGUCCAGACGCUGGUGAAACUCCGUGACGACGGUUUGGCGACGCUAGCAGCUCGCCAAGGAGCUAACAGCGCUAACAGAGAAGUAAGCCAGGGGAAGUACCUCCAGGAGCUCCUCGAGGCCUUCAGCACAGACGACUGGGGCUUCCCUGAACGCCCCAGCGGCAGCAGUGGGAACAGCCAAUCAGAGAGUGAGGAGGGAGACGAGGAAGAGGAGGACAUGGCGACGCUGAGAGCAAGGAUACAGGCGUUUGAGCAGCAGCAGCAGCAGGUGGCUGAUGGGAGCUGUAGUGACACAAACAGAGACUUUGUUACAAAAAAACCUGAACCAAGACCACGCCCUCGCCUCCAACAGACCAAAUCUGCCCCUCCUAUUGUCGCCCCGAAGCCGAAGAACUUUUCACACUCCCCUAAACCGUCCACGAAAGUAUUCUGGGAAGAAUCUGAGGGAUCAGUGAGCACUGACAUUCUGAAAACAGCUGAUUCCCCUUCAACAGACUCAACCCCAGAGCCUCAGACUACCCCUGAACCUGGACCAGCUUCAGUGCCACAGCCCUGCAAAAACUCUGAAAAACCCUUAAUAACUCCAAAACCCCAGUCCAUUCCAGAAGCCCUCCCAUCUAGUACCCCUGUCCCUGCCCCGAGGCCCCCUCCACCCAAAAUAACGCCCUCAGAACAGCAGACCAAACCUCCACCCAGACCUUCAGUGGCCCCCAGGGCCAGCCUAGGAGGUCCAAUCCCGGAUAAGAGCCCCACAGCUGGGCACACAACCCCGACUCUGCCCCCUAGACCCUCUGUGGAGGUCAGCAGUGGAGCAACGACAGAAAAAGCAGCUGAAGAGAUGCAGGGCUCUACAAAUCAAACUGUGAAAGUAGGAAGUGUUCGUCCGGGCAUCCCGGCCAAACCAGCGGCUCUGUCGUCUCUCCGCAGAUCGAGUGCUCCAAAUCUGGCUCCUAAACCCACUGGGAUCUCUCCAACAUCACCAGAUCCAAACCCUGUACCACCCAAACCAGCAGCUGCUGCUCCAGCCUUGGCCCCCAAACCUUUAGGACCAACUGUGGGCGUCAAACCCCUGACACCAACUCCAGCUCCAGCUCCAGCUCUGAGGAAAGGCCCCGUAAUCCAGAACAGACCAGAAACUACCAGCACCGCUAACACAAACCCAUCAGAUCCUCCUCUGCCGCCACGACCUUCAAGUGUGAAGCUCCUCCCACUUCGUCCUCCUCCUAUCAAGGCCAUCCCUGGUCGACCUCCUCCUCCAGCUAUCUCCUCCACUUCUUCAACCACCCAGCUGAUUCCACCUCCAUCUAAAUCUAGUCCAGCCCCCUCCGUCUCUACAGCCCAGUCCUCUACUACUCCCUCUGCUCCAGCCAAUCAGAUUCAGUCUCAGAAGGCGUCAAAGAAAGGACCGCCUCUUCCUCCCCGUCCCAAACCAGGACACCCGCUCUAUAACAGCUACACAAAGCAGGAAGUCUUGAUCGUGCUGGAUGAUCCGAGUCCCUCAGAGCCUCCGUCAGGGCAAGGGAGGAGCCAAACCACCGUCACUCCACUCAUCAGCCAAUCCCAGUGUCUCCUGGACCUCGACGACCAACCAGAGCCGGCUUCAGAUCAGGACAGCCAAUCAAAACCUGCUCUGGAGGAUCUCAGCCUGUCAGACUCACAGUCCAUCCUUCCUGUACUGACUACGGAGCAGAAAGAGCAGCCGGACUCUCCUCCUGUCAGCGGCCCUCGCUGCGUUGCCCUGUUCGAUUACGAGGGCGAGGAAAACGACGAGCUCACCUUCUCUCAGGGUGACGUCAUCGCCCUCCUGGAGCUCAUGGGGCAGGAGUGGGGACGGGGCCAAAUCCACGGACGAGUCGGGAUUUUCCCGCUGAAUUUUACCGAGGUGGUGGAGCCGCUGCAGCAGGAAGACACGGCCAAACCAACGUCAGCUGAUACAGCGGUGUCCGAGAAGACUGAAUCAAAGAUCUCACAGGAUACAGAACCAGAGGUUAAAGAGUGGGCUGUGGCUCUGUUCGACUUCCCUGGUCAGACUGCAGAGGAUCUUUCCUUCCACAAGGGGGCGCUGAUCGAGGUGAUGGAGCACGUUGAUGCUGAGUGGAGGAGAGGACGCCUGGAGGGGAGGGAGGGGCUUUACCCCGCCGCCUUCACACAGACCCACCAGGGUCAGCCAAUCACAGGCCAGCAGUCAGCACAGAGGGGCGUGGCCAAGUUUGACUUCACAGCAGAGGGUGAGGAUGAGCUCACAGUGAAGGUCGGUGACAUCAUCACACAGGUGGAGUCCGUGGAUGAGCAGUGGAUUCUGGGAGUUGCAGGUGGGAAGCGAGGGAUCGUGCCUAAAAACUAUGUUUCUCUUCUUUGAUGAGGAGUUUAAGAAAAUGGAACUUUUGAGAGUUUUAAUGGCUGCUCUCUGUGAUCAGGAGGGUUUGAUUCAAACUGGAGCUUUUUCUGCUUCAUUCCAACAUUUUAACGAGUCUUAAUGUUUUCAUACGGAGAGCUGCGUUGACCUGGAUUAUCUCAUAAAACCUGGUCCGGAGUUUCAGUGUUGACCUGGAUUAUGUCAUAAAACCUGGUCCAGAGUUUCAGUGUUGACCUGGAUUAUGUCAUAAAACCUGGUCCAGUGUUUCAGCCUUUUCAAAGACUUUCCAGGAAGUUUUUACUGAAACUAAAGCAUUUUGUUUGGAUUGUUUUCUCGGCUUUUAACGCUAAAAUGAAGACGACACAACUCUGGAUUCAUUCUGCUCUGAUGCUCCAGAAGUGGAGGAACCUCUGCUGCCUUACUGACUGCGAUCUUGUGUUGUUUUUUUUAUUCCAGACUGGAUUUUAUCAACUCAUUAUGGCUCAUAACUUUUUUUAAACAGCAGUGAACUGUCUUGAGCUCCUGCAGCUCUGCACCGAUGUAAACAGAUCAUAAAUAUUCAAAAAUAAGAUUUAGAUUUGUAAGAAGAGUCAAAGUUUGUCCUUCUGUCCCGUUUAAUCCUGAUGUUUCACAGAUUUUAGUAAAAAGCUGCCAAUCUGCAGAGUUUGAACUUUAAAACAGUCAACCCAGACAUUCCUCUGGUUUCUUUUUUAUCCUGAAUAAAGACUGGAGGAAGGAGAAACCACCACUGUCACAAAUCCAACAUGUUCUGGUUUAAACAUUUAAAAUCACACGGUGCUGAAACAGAUCCAGACAGAUGAAACUGGACUGUUUCAUUAAAACUUGAUAAAGCAACAAAGAAGGUUUUUACACUCGUUUGUUCACGUCUCCUGCAGCUUUAUGGACUUUUUAGACUGUUCAAAUGUUUAGACAUAAAAACUUCAGCUUUAGUUUUAGUUUCCUUCAUCUGUUCUCGAGUUUUUAUCAUCAUGUUUAAUUUUGAAAUGAUCUCAUAAACAUCCGACACUACCAGACUGAAUCUAAAGUCGUAAACUGAAGGUUAAAGUGUUUUUAUUAAAGAUCAAUCAUGGAGGUUUUCUCUAAACAUGCUGUCAGCAGGUUAGUCAUGGCGAUGAUCAGUAACUUUUAUGGUUUUUCUCUGAAGUUGGUCGAGGUUUUUGAUUGUUGUCCAUUAGUCAGAGAAAGUCUCCUGUUUGAUCUUAGUUCUGACGUUAACACUCUGUGUUUGAGAGAAAGUGUCGACACGAGAGAGAUUUAUAAAAGAAUUUUAAGAUAUUUUAUGUGUAACCAGACAUUCCCUCUUUUUAAUACAAAUAAAACUCUAAGACAUUUCA